GAGAACAAGUACAUAGAAGAUGCAGGCGGCAGCCACGUGUCAGCCAUGACAAUUCUCUCGUUGCCACCUCUUCCCUUCUCCUCUUCUCUCCUCUACUUAUCACUGGUUACGAUUUCCGACUCGCCCGCCUCUGCCUUUACGUGUCUGUCUUUGGCUCUCUCUUUCUCUCCAAAAGGAUUCUAUCUCUCAGUGCUGCCUCACUCAAUUACUUUGAUUUCAUUUCUGACGCUCGUGGACGUGUCGUAAUUGAGCAACAAAUGAACUUAAUUGGUCAAUUAUAAUGGAUCCAGUGGUGCUAUUUCCGGAAUCAAUGGAUACUGCUUUAAUCUUGGUGACAAAGCCUUUCUCAUUAUGCAAAUUGGCCAUCAUGUUUCCUCUCAAAAUCAUGUUUAUUGCGAUUCACACUUGGAUAGAGCUGCUGGUAGUCACAAUCAAUUUUCAUCUAAAUAUGUUCUGGAAGGCCAUGGUUUGCUUUGUCGGUCUUAUACUUUUUCCUGGUCGGGUUUUGACUGCCUUACCAAGGGAGAAGAUGCUGGAAGACCAUCUGCUUCGGAUGCAGAUCGAAUUGGAUAAUCUUAUUUGGGAAAGGAAGGAACUUCAUGGCCAGCUCCAGACAGCAGAUAAAGAAAUUAGAAUUUUGGAAUCAAUGUUAGCCGAAGUUGAAGAGGAAAAUGACAAGGCCAUUGCCAAAAUUGAAUUUCUAGAGGUUGAGUUGCAGGAUCUGAAGGCUGAAAAUGCUCAGCUGAAGGAAAAUCUGGGUAAAGGUUGUUGGAGCUUUAAAGAUCAUGAUCACAGAGACAAUGGCCAUAAUAUCAUUGCUGACAACUAUGGCAUUUCCUCUGGUAUCCAGUCAUGGAAAUCUGACUAUAAAGGAACUGAAAUCCUAUUCCAAGACCUGAUGAUACAGAGAGAGGGAUGGGAGGGCGACUGCAAGAGCAAAGCAGAAUUUGCCAACUGCUUGAAAGCUGAAUCCACAGAUAGUGUGCCCAUCCACCAAGUUACGACGGGUGUUUUCUCAAGGAAUUUAGACAUUAAUGAGGCUCUGAUACUUAGCAGGGAGGCUGCACUUUCUCAGUCUCUUUUCAGUGCCGUGCUAUCACUUUUGGUAGGAAUGAUCAUCUGGGAAGCUGAAGAUCCUUGCAUGCCCCUUGUGGUAGCACUCUUCACUGUUGUUGGCAUGUCACUGAAAAGUGUGGUUCAAUUUUUCUCCACUAUAAAGAACAAACCUGCUUCUGAUGCAGUUGCUCUCCUAAGCAUCAACUGGUUCAUACUUGGCACACUUACUUAUCCAACACUGCCAAGGGUAGCCCAUAUUUUGGCUCCAUGGGCCUUGAGUUUAUUGGACCGGACAGUGAGCUGGCUUGGUAUCUCUUCCUGUUAACUGACAAUCUACGAACGUAGCUGUAGGAAGUACAGUAUGGAACCAUGUAAUGUAAGACAGGCCAUCGGUCUUUUUUGAGGUUUUCUUCAUGGUAGUGAACACAUUGUAUAGCUUGCUUGUACGGUAUAGGCUUUUCUUGUGUUAUUUUCCUUCUCUGCUAUUAACUUGUGAACUCCCUUUUAUUUUCCUUUUAAUUAAACAGGAAGUGUUAUGAGUUUA